AUGAGUGAAGGGUUAAGGUUUGUGGCCGCUUUCGGCUGGUUUUUGGUGCUCUGUGCUAUGUCAACUUUACGCCAGGAGCCACCACAUGCUGAUGUUGAUGUUGAUGUCUGUGGCAGAUUCCCAAAAAUUGUAGACAAUUGUUUCAAGGAUUUGCCGCCACUCCUAAAGGAGUUUCUACAAAACAACAGGAUUAUCAUAACUAAGGAGGAUUUAAUAGGUGCGAAUUAUUUACUUCACAAGGAAUGUCUGACAAAAAUUCAUUCAGAUUGGCUAAGCUGCAGCUCUGACUUUCAGAAAAUCAUUGCUGACGACAAACUAAAAGUUACCGAAAAAUGUCUGGAGUUGUGCUGCGCCCGAUACAAGUGCUACAAGAACUCGGCCAAGUUUGCACGCGAAACCGCCAAAAUGUUGUCCGACGGGAAGCACAUCAGUAACUGUCGCCAGCUGGAGGAGAAGUGCGCCCACGCCACAUACAUUUCCUUUAUCUGGAACACUGUUGUGUUCUUGGCUCUGGUGCUGGUGCACCGGGCUGUGUGUGAGGGCCCUAGCUGUUGUUGUCCAUUUGUCAAUGCAUAG